GCACAAAUUAAAGUGAAGAACAUAAGCUCACAAAACUCUCUUAAAAUCGGACCUCUCUAGAAAUCAGUACUCUUCUGCUAAAAUUUCACCUUAAUCGAAAUCCCUCAAAUCAAAAUGUGAAUCUCAUUUGUCAGGCAUUUGAUAAUCUACAGGAAUACAAAAAAAAUAACACAGAAAGAAUCAUUUGAAGCCUAUUUGGUGUUCACAGAAUCUCAACUAUUUCUUUUUCUGGACUCUUUCGCAAUGGUGUUUUUACACUAGUAUCCAGGAGCAAAAGAGUUCUAGUUAGCCCUGAAGAUGACAAAGACCGUGGCUGGUAUGCCCGGUUUGUCGCUGCUCCCACUGUUGGUUUAGGGGUGAUGAGAACGUUCCCUUCCCUGAGAAGUGAAAUUUUGCACCAACCAUGGGAGUUGUGGAAGAUGUUCCCAAUUUUCGUGAUUGGGUAGACAAGCUGUUGAAGAUUGCACCAAUGGAUGGUAGAUCUUGGAAAACCCUUUCUCAACGUUUUGGUUGGAAAGUAAAAACUCAUGGAUUUGCUAUUCGAGGAGUCACUGCUGAGGCGGUCGCGACUUCUCGCAUCUCUUUGGAAAGGGCCCAAGAAAUAAUCUUAGGUUCUUCAUCGAAAAGUAAAGUCGUUGAUGACCAAGGCUCUGAAGAAGAGAAAGAUGGGGGCUUUUUGGUAACAAGGCCACGGGCUCGAAGACGCAUCAUUUCUGAUGAUGAAGAAGAAGCAUCCCCUCGCCGUUCUACUCUCCUUACCGAGUCUGUUGAGGCCCCGGUAGUAAUUUCUGAUGAUGACACUGCUCCCAUUGCUGCUCAUGAUUCUGUUGAGCAGCUUUUCAUCAGCGAGUUUGGUGGUGAAGGCUUAGGCCCAGUUCUUGAUGAAGCACCCCUGGCUUCUUUUUCUACACUCGUGUCUGUGACUCCUUCUUUGCUGAUCUCGGCUGUUUCCAUUCCUCCCUAGACUGUCUUUACUACUUCUAUUGUUCCUCCUUCAAUAAUUGCUCCUCCAAUCACCCCCCGUGCUGAAGUUGGCUCCACAAGCAGGAGUGGUGCUAUGAGGCAAGUGAUCAUUGAAGUCCCCGGUGAGGGCAAUCUUUUAAGGAAAUCGGGUCAAACAGAUGUAUAUCUAAAGCCCUUAAUUUGACCAAUUGAGAAAGCCAUACUAGAGAGCCAUAGUUCCUUGACCUUGAUGAAUGACAUUGUGCACGCUUCUCUAAAGGCAUUCCCCUUCUCUUUUGUUUUUUUUUAAAACUUUUACUUUGUAAUUUUUCUAUCUUUGGGGUUCUUAUUUCCCUUUAUUUAUCCCUUUUUAAGGCCAAUCUUAUUGGCACGGAGAUGAUGAAAAGGGUCGCCCUCUCAGAGUAGUUAGUGCGUGAUUCUCAAUUAGGGCGUAAAAUUGGAAGGAACAGUAUGAAAGCCUUCAGAUUGAUGUGGAAUAUUUAGAAGAAAGUAAGAGUACCUUGGAGUAGCAGGUUCAGGCCUUGACUACGGAGUUGGCAGUUGAAAAGGCUUCCUCAAGUCAAGUAGAUAAAGAAAAAGCUCGUCUUGAAACUUCUUUCUCAGAGCAGCUGUCAAAAGCUAGGGAAGAGAUUAGAGAGUUAAAGGCUCUCUUGGGUGAGAAAGAAGCUUAUGCUGGUGAGCUCGUGUAGAAUUUGACUCAGGCACAAGAAAACCUCCGAGCUUCUACUGAUAAGGUUUGUGCCUUAGAAAGUUCUCAUACCUCUCUUCAAGCUUCUUACACGUCUGCCUUGGCUGGAAAUGAAAAGUUAAAGAAUUAAAUUGUUGACUGGGAAAGAGAUUACGAAAUCCUUGGGGAUAAGUCUACCAUUGAAGUGAGUUGGGCGUUUUUGAAUUCUCGCCGUGAUACCCUAGUUGAGGCUAGCCAAGAAACUUUUAACUUGGAAUCUGAGUUAGCUAAAAUCAAUGAAACUAUUGAGAAGGCUCAGCAAACUCAAGAUUUUCCUUCUCCCGUGUCUGAG